AUGGCUUCACCUAAUACAGAGUCACAAGAUCGAUUCAAGUUAUACAAAUUUACAAAAAUACUGACUUUGAAGGUCGCGCAAAUAGUGGUUCAAAGCAGACAAGGCAAAAGGAUUACGCACGAAUACGCGGCUUCAAAAGCACUAGAAGAUGGACUUCCAACAUCGCCAAACAGUUUGCAAUGGUUCAAUUUGUCUAUCCCUGAUGAGCCCGAAGUGAAUACAGAUACAAAACGUGUUUUAAAUGGUGAAGUCAUAGAAGCACUUGCUAAUGUCUUGUGUAUUGAGAUUUUGUUAAGAACUACUGAUGGAGAUGAAAUGGUCCUUGAGAUAUGGACAGUUAAAAUAACACCUGGUUGUGAUAGAAGCAUGACAUCAGUUUCAACAAUUUAUUAUAGAAUGAGCAUCAUGUUGAAAUCCACUCUGAGUAUUUCAAGGAUAACACCUGCUUAUAAGUUAUCACGGUCUCAGUUUAAGGAGUCAUAUAAAAUUUCCCAUAAAAUUUAUGGUGGGCAACCAAAUCUGGAUGUGUUAGGUGAAAAACAUAAGACUAUCAAAGUAAGUGAGCUACAUACUCCUAUUGGUACAAUACUUAUUGAAGUAGUGUACAGAACAAAAAUGACUAUGCUACCUGAAGACAGAGGACGAUAUAUUGAAAAUACGGCUACAAAUUCUGGUGGAAAUAUAAUGAUAAAAAGUGACCAUUUUCCAACUGAAAGCCCAAGGAGGAACCACAUGGAAAAAAAAGAGCUUGAUUUAUCUAAACCUUUAACUGCAGGUGCUUUUGUUGAUGUAGAUAAAAUUAAAGAAUUACAAGAUACAUUAUAUCAACAAUUGCCACCUGAGCCUUCUAUGAAUUGGCUUCUUGCUGAGAAGGAUAAAAUGGAGCAGAGAUUGAAACUAUUAUCUAUAUCAGAAACUUUGAAUGUAAACGAAGCAGGUAGCAGUAGUGAAAUGCCCGAUACGUCGGCACACUCUAGCAAAGCAAUUGAAGUUCCAAGGGCCAGGAAUAACAAUAAAUACUCUAGUUUAAUGGAUUUUCCAUUCGCUGAUGGCAGUCCGAUAGCUGAGUUAGCAAACUUUUACCAAGAAUGUCUUCAAGCCCGAUCUGCAACUGAUGAGUGGACAGACAUAGCGGAUGUUUCUGUAUCCACUGACUCUGAGUCCCUUGCACAGCAGUUAAAGAUGUUUGAAGAGGCGGUACCAGAGUUCGACAGUAUGGUUGCAUCCAUGUUUAGUAACUCAGAACAGGGAUCUGAUCACUCCUAA